GGAAGCCUUCAUAACAACGUUAGCUAGACUUUUAACGCUUUAAUUCGUAGUUUUGUGAAUUUAUUUUUUUAUCUAGCUAUUGAAUGUACCUGCUUUUCCAAAGCUUUGAAGCGGACACAUCCGCUGGGCAAGGAGACUGAGCUGAUCAUUGAGUUAGUUGCAGAGUUAGCCAGACUGGUCAUAUGAAAUAUCCGCAUGGUAAAAGCGGAGCCUCGAUGAGUGUACGUGCGCUGUGGAUUGUCUCUCAUGAAAAGGGUGAAUCUGGAAAAGUGCGAUUUUCCAGACGGUACCCCACAGUGGAACUCCGUGCUAAAUGCCUGGCAGGAGCUCAGUAUGUGGCUGUUCCUGAGGACUGUGUCAUACCCCAGCUUCUACUGACUGAACUGGGUUUGGUGGAGCCUGACAAGCCAUAUAUGGCAAUACGUGAUGACUGCGCUCGCCUGCAGCGGAGCCCAGCUGUGGAGCUCCGUUUAGGUGGUCCAGGUGGGAAAACCCUCUGGCCUUUACUAACCAUCAGCCAGGGCGGCCUAAUCCUAGCCUGCCUCCCCCUGAUUGAAGCUCCGCCUGAGCCCCGGCCUCAUCUCUCCAGCCUGGCUUCGGUCUCCCAGGGCUUAGCUCUGUUGUCUGGCCUGCAGGGCUUCCUGUGUGGGACCGUAGGGAAGCCACCAGAGCCCGAUGUAUUGGCCUCCCGCUUGGCUACUCUUCCCUCAGUACUUCUGCAGGUAUGUCCUCUGGGCACGCCCCUGGACACGCUCCCUCAGGCUGGAGCCCUGCCCGCCACUAUGGCUCCAGGCCCAGGAGGUGCUCAGAAGCAGCCAGCCUGGAAAACAGGGGUCCAUCGAGGGAGAGCGGUGGUGAACGUGGCCCUCACGGAGAUGGUGAGGUCCACGCAGUAUGGCAACAGCAGCAAACAGGACAUGUGGGAUGUGUAUGGGACAGUGGUGUGCAAAUGUGAAGUAGAGGGUGUCUUGCCCAAUGUCACCGUCACCCUCACACUACCACCCAAUGGGUCACCCCUGCAAGACAUCCUUGUCCACCCCUGUGUGACAUCACUAGAUUCCAGCAUCCUCACAGCCAGCAGCGUGGACGAGAACGAUGGCUCAGCCUUUUCAGGCCCAUACAAGUUCCCCUUCUCUCCACCGCUGGAGCCUUUCAGACUCUGCAGCUAUACCUCACAGGUACCCGUACCACCUAUUCUUGGCUCCUACCAGCUGAAGGCAGAGGAGAACCAGCUCAAGUUGCAUGUCAUCCUGCAGCUCCAUGAGAGUGUACGAAACAGCUUCGAAUACUGCAAGGCCCACCUGCCAUUUUUCAACAGAAGCCUAAUGGGCAGCGUGGAUGUGAAGGUGAACUCCGGACAGCUGGAAGUGUCUAAAGAAAAAAAUCUGCUGGUUUGGAUUCUUGGUCAGAAGUUUCCAAAGUCACGAGAAGCAACUCUGGAAGGUGCUGUUCAUUUCUCAGGCCAUGUUGCUGGACCAACUGACCCUCUCUGCACUGAUCUUACUGCCUAUAUAAAACUCUACUUCCGUGUGCCAGAUUUGACUUUGUCUGGAUGCUGUGUGGACCAACAUUCAGUACAGGUCUAUUCCUCAGCAAAGCCACGCAUUGUCACAACACGAGAGCUUGUUUCCUCCGAAUACUACAUCUGGAACUCGACUGGAGAUGCCCCCGUGUCCUCUGGCCUCAUGAUACUGUGACAUCGUGAUUCACUGUGGCCUCAACUAGUGAGCAGAACACUAGCUCUGCUCUUCACAGAUGCGGACUGAGUGUCAGGACUAACUCACUGGAUUAACUUCAGUUAACAGUGAUUGUUUCUUAUGCAUUAACUAAUGGGCAGAGCCUACAACCAGUCCCCCAUAUUUGACUGAUAAUGUUCCCUUCUUUGUCAAGGUGGCAAGUCCAGUAUUAGAAUCAGAUUGUGUUGUGCAGUUAUUAAGGAGGGAUUAAAAAAAAAACCCGCAGGCACCGUUGCCCUCCAUGGACAGAGCCGAAUCCUUUAGAGUGCAAACGUUUCAAUUGUUUCUAAAGUGUGGUGUUGACCAAAGUAAAAAUGGAAUCUUUUAUACAAUUA